AGAAACGCUUUUCGUUUUGUUCUAUCAAAGUCAAUGUGCAACUGUCACUUGACAUUUAUACAAACAUUUUCAUUUGAUCACAACAAGAAAAUUAUUUAAUUUGAUGGAAGAAGCAGACGGCCUUAGCUCUUCAGACAGUGGACUUAGCGAGGAAACUUGUUGGGAAUUGUUCGGUGGACCCUGUCCAGAAGCGUUGAAAAAGGGCUACAAAGCAUCCGAAAUUACUGAAAAAGAGACAAUAGUUGCUACUGAGGAAGAUAGAGUAAGCAAAUCAGCAAGUUCUAAGUUAAAUAAGGCUUUUACUUCUGCGAAAGAAGAAGAAGAAGAAGAAGAAGAAGGAGAAGAAGAGGAAGAGGAGGAAAAAGUAGAAGAGGAAAAUCAAGUUGAAAAAGAAGAGAAUCAACUCAUACAAAUAAAAGAAGAAGUAAAUGAAGAUAAGAAAGUAGAAAAAGAAAAAAGAGAAAAAAAUAUAGAAGAGAAAGAAUCAAAUGAAAUCCAAGAGCUACAGGCAGAAGUCAAAGAAGAUACUUACAAAGAUGAUAAAAGUAUUAAUAGCAAAGUCAAAUCCAAAACGUCAAUAGUUAAAAAAGAAUCCUUCAUCCAAGAAUCUGGAUCGCAAAGAAAUCCUCUGCCUAAAUCUGUUUCCGCAAACAUGAGUGUAAAACCGAAAAAAUCGACAAGUUCAACAGCAAAAUCCGCCUCAUCAGCAACACAAAAUAAGGAGACGUCUACUAUUCCUGUUGAUGAAAAACCAUCUAUUACAAAGGAAACGUCCAGAGGAUCACAAACUGAACCACCUAAGGUCCCUAGAGAAAAAACACUAGAAAAACAACCCAAACCUGAAUUAAAAGUGAACUCAUCCACUAACACCGCAGAUUUACAAAGCUACUCGCAAAUGCUAAUGGUCGAAAGUUACGAAAAUAGGCGAAACACUAUCGAUAGAAUGUCCUCCCCAAUUAAUAUUUUACAACCAAACUCUACAGGAAGUUCAGCUAUAUCAAAGCAAUCUAAAUAUAAACCUUCACCCUCGUCAACUAGUAUCAGUAUUAGUAGUACUUCAAGCGAAUCCGAUGUGAAGCCUGCAAAAACUACCAAGUGCUACUGCUGUGCCUCCAGACAUCCUCGAAGAAAUCACCUCAAUCAAGCCCCGGCAGUGGAACAACAACGCACAUGUUGUGUCAUCGGAGGAUGUCCAAAUUCAAUAGAAAAACCGAUGGUUAGCUACCCCAGUACUACCGCCGGCAAAGUAAAAGUGAAAAUCUUUGAGGAGAGCGAAUCAGAAGAACGUCUGAGCUGCCUAAAAAUCCGAACAGUUCUGGACGAUUCCUGUAAAAAAUCCGAUAAAAAGUGCAAAUGCUGCAACCGAAUAACCCAAACUGUAGAUCCGCGGUAUUCUAGAAAAUGCGAAGAGUUUUCGGUUCCCUCUACCGUGGAAUGUUUCGUUCCAGUCGUUGCAGCAAAGAAAUGCUACGACCAUUCCUCUCCGCGGUUAGCCACAUCCCUCCGGAGAGCUUUGAGCAAAAGACAAGAAAGCAGCGGUUCUGAAGGGAGCAUUGCAUGCUGUUCCACCAAAGCGGUUUGUAACCGGAGGACCAGUUCGUCUCCUAAGCAAGUCCGAUGCCAUUUCGCUUUUGUUGAAUAAAGUACCGUCAGAUGUAAA